GUGAUUGGUCACAGCAUCCUUACCCGGAAGCGUGCGGCCUAUUUUGUUUUGAUGUAGCGCGACUUGUGGAGAAGACGCACCCGGAUCCAAGUCCGGGAGGGGGAUCCGGCGGGAGCAGGAUGGCUUUCCAGGAGUGUUGGGAGGAAUGGGAACUUCUGGACAAGGAUUACCAGAUGUUGCAGGAAACACACAAGCUCUACAAGCAGCAGUUAGAAGAGGUCAUCAAACUUCAGAAUUCAUGCCUCAGUUCCAUUGAACGCCAGAAGAAGAAAUACAAGGUGCUCUCCAAUAAUCUUGGACGAUGUGAACCGUUGGAGAAUGAAGAGCAUACAAGAGACAUUGAAUUCAUCAAGGAGUUGAUGAAGGAAAGGCAAAACAUCUUCUUUGAAAUGGAAGCUUUUCUCCCAAAGAAAAAUGGGUUGUACUUAACUCUGGUGCUCGGGAAUGUGAAUGUGACUCUGCUUAGCAAGCAGGCAAAGUUUGCCUACAAGGAUGAGUAUGAGAAGUUCAAGCUGUGUCUCACCAUCAUCCUUCUCCUCAUCUCCUUCAGCUGCAGGUUCCUGCUGAACUCCAGGGUGGCAGAUUCAGUGUUCAACUUCCUGUUGGUGUGGUACUACUGCACACUGACAAUCAGGGAGAGUAUCCUCAUUAACAAUGGAUCCAGGAUUAAAGGCUGGUGGGUGAUGCACCACUACGUUUCGGCUUUCCUCUCGGGCGUGAUGUUAACCUGGCCCGACUCGAAGAUGUACCAGCUGUUUCGUAACCAGUUCCUCUCGUUCUCCAUGUACCAGAGCUUUGUGCAGUUUCUGCAGUACUACUAUCAGAGCGGCUGUCUGUACCGACUCCGAGCCUUGGGAGAGAGGCACAACAUGGACUUGACCGUAGAAGGAUUCCAGUCAUGGAUGUGGAGAGGCCUCACCUUUCUCCUCCCGUUCCUGUUCUUCGGUCACUUCUGGCAAUUAUUUAACGCAAUCACCCUGUUCAAACUAACAGAGCACCCAGAGUGUAAAGAAUGGCAGGUUUCCAUGUGUGGGAUGACAUUUCUUGUUCUCUUCCUUGGAAAUUUCCUUACAACAGUCCGUGUUAUUUACCAGAAGCAGAAACAGAUGGGGGAAAAGGCCAAGAAACAGUUAUGAGACGCAAGGAAGACCAAGAUCUGGGCUGGUUAUUGUCACACCCCAGUGAAAUGCAGCAGUUUAAAUACACUGUGUUGUGUUGUAGCUUUCUUCUCUUCACUGCCCCUCACCUGUUCUUGCCAGGUCCCACAACAGAUGACCAAGUAGGUGUAUGCAUGCAGAGUAUAUCAGUUCAUGAACUGACACUUAAAAUUACCUCCAAAUAAAGUUGUACAGGCCCACUCAAGAGCACCACAGAAGUACAGUCUAGUAUUUAAUAAGACCUAUUCUUUAUCAUUAUAGCGGUGGGGAAAUGACUAGAGGAGCUACUGUAAGACUAAACUUAACCAGCAAUGCAUUUUGUCAUUACACAUCCGGUACAGUUUGGACUUCCACAUGUGUACAGAAACAUGCAUCUGAUCAAGUUUACACUGGAAUGGUUUUGCUGUCAUGGAUUAAAAAAACUAUUGUACUUGAAAACUAAAGUUUAUUUCAAAUAGCUUUUAAAUGUCUUCAGGGUUAUUUAGAAACUGUACAGAUGCUCAAACUCUUCUCGGGCUUCAAGCAGGUAUAGGUAUUGAUUAUAACCAACAUUUUGAUGACAAACUGCCAUCUUGUUCAGAGAUGAUGUCUGGUGGUAUUUUUACCCCUGUAUUCCGUCCCUCCUGAUUGGAUGAGGACUAACCAAU